AUGGCAACUAUUCAGAUCCGUGAAGCUACACAGCAACUGAUCAAGAGAAAGAACUGGGCAGCCAGCGAACCUGGUGUCAUUGUUGUCUUCGUCGUAGUCUUUAUCGUCGCAUCAGGACUCAUUGGACUUCAAUUAUCUCGCUGGAUCGCUCGUCGUCGAGAAAAGCAAGCUGCGCGCCUCAAGGGUAUCGUCAUCUCGGGGGGUGUACAGCGUCGGCCUCAAGAUCUUAAUGUAGAAAGGACUCGGAUCUUGAAGGAACCUUGGAGUUAA